AUGUCGUCAGCUCCUAAGCUCAAAGAUCCUUCCCUCCUCAUAUCGAAAGCCUACGUCAAUGGAGAAUUCGUUGACUCGGUCACGUCGCAAACAUUUGAUGUCCACGAUCCCGGCACAGGAAAGAAGAUUGAAUCAUGUCCCGAGUUCAACAAGGAAGACACCGACAAAGCCAUCGCUGCAGCCACCGAGGCUUUCAAGUCCUUCCGCAAGACCCUUCCCCGCGAAAGAGCCACAAUGUUAAGGACAUGGUACAACCUGAUGUUGGAAAAUGCCGAUGACCUGGCUACGCUGAUUACAUGGGAGAACGGAAAGGCUCUUCCCGACGCCAAAGGAGAAGUCACCUACGCCGCAAAUUUCUUCCAGUGGUUCGCUGAGGAAGCUCCGCGUGUCUACGGCGAUACCAUCCCCUCUUCCGUUCCUGGAAGCAGAAUCAUGACGAUCAAGCAGCCGAUCGGUGUCACUGGUCUCAUCACACCUUGGAACUUUCCCGCUGCAAUGAUCACCAGGAAGAUUGGCCCAGCAUUGGCAGCCGGUUGCACCGUCGUGGCCAAGUCACCCGGUGAGACGCCAUUCACAGCUAAUGCGCUUGCCGAGUUGUCGCGCCGCGCCGGCAUUCCUCCUGGUGUAGUCAACAUCAUCACAGCCAUGAAAAAUACUCCCGAGAUUGGCGAAGUCCUCACCACUGACCCACGAAUCAAGAAGGUUUCUUUCACCGGUUCGACAAACGUGGGCAAGCUACUUAUGAAGCAAGCCGCGGGUACUAUGAAGAAGCUCUCCUUCGAACUCGGCGGCAACGCUCCAUUCAUUGUCUUCGACGACUGCCCCGACCUCGAAGCUGCUGUUGCAGGCGCUAUCGCAUGCAAAUUCCGCGGUUCCGGCCAGACGUGCGUUUGUGCCAACCGAAUCUACGUACAAAAGGGAAUAUACGACAAGUUUGCUGAGAAGUUCGCGGCCAAGGUCAAGGAUUUCAAGGUCGGCUAUGGCUUUGAUGAAGGUGUCACUCAUGGACCUGUCAUCCAUGAUCGCGCCGUUACCAAAGUCGAACAACAUGUAAGAGAUGCAGAGAAGAAGGGUGGCAAGGUUCUCGUUGGAGGUCAGAGAUUACCUAAUCUUGGAGAAAACUUCUACUCUCCUACCGUCAUCACAGGUGCGACGAACGACAUGGCGAUCUCUAAGGAGGAAACAUUUGGUCCAGUCGCUGGACUUUUCCCCUUCGAGACGGAGAAAGAAGUCGUUGAGUUGGCGAAUGACACCGAGGUCGGACUAGCAGGCUAUUUUUACUCGAAAGACGUUGGCAGAAUUUACAGAGUCGCAGAGGCUCUGGAAGUUGGUAUGAUUGGUGUUAAUACCGGCUUGAUCUCCGAUGCGGCGGCCCCAUUCGGCGGUGUCAAGGAGAGCGGUUUCGGACGGGAGGGAUCCAAAUACGGUAUCGAUGAGUAUAUGGUCAUCAAAAGUGUGACUAUUGGCGGCAUUUCCAGCGAUUUGCAAGGGUAA